AUAACCUCACUUCCACUCCAAACAAUCAACACAGAAUUCAGUAUCUCACUCCAAAAUGCAGCCCAUAGCGGGAACCACAAAACAACCAACAACACUUUUGAAUCCCAUCUUCGCCACACCAGAAUCACGCGCACCGAACAGCUACCCAGGCCUCAGCACCAGCACUGGAUCUGCAUCAAACAGAGAACGAAGAAGAAAUCAGAAAAAAAAAACAGCUCAAACACCAACAUCGAAUGUGCAUCAGAAAAAGCCAAGAGAAAAACGAAAAAGAGAAGGAAAAAAAUGUAAUCAGAAUAGAAAUAAAAAAAAUCCGCUCCAAAGUCGCUCUCCUUCUCUAUCAAAAACUCUUCUGCGCCGCACUCACUCCACCUUCUUCUUCCGAUUCCCUGAAACCCCGUCUUGAAAGGUGACAUUAUUUAAAAUCUUCAUUCAUGCUCAAUGCAGCCUCUGAGCGCUUCCGCUCUCUCUUUUCACGAUUUCAACCCAUUUUUCUCAUCUCCCACGUCCACAAUGAUGAACUCAUUUACUCCUUCCACGCCUUUUUUCAACGCUGCUUCACUCUCCAACAAGCUCGUCAGCUUCACUCCCAAUUGGUUCUCACCACCGCGCAUCGUUUACCCUUCUUGGCCGCUAGGCUCAUAGCCGUUUACGCCCGCUUUGCCUUUCUCUCUCACGCUCGCAAAGUCUUUGAUGCAAUCCCUCUUGAGUCACUCCACCAUCUUCUUUUGUGGAACUCCAUUAUCAGAGCCAAUGUCUCUCAUGGGUACCAUCAACACGCACUUGAGCUUUAUGUUGAAAUGCGAAAGCUUGGAUUUUUGCCUGAUGGUUUCACUCUUCCAUUGGUAAUACGGGCUUGCUCGUCUCUGGGUAGCUCUUAUCUCUGCAGGAUUGUCCAUUGUCAUGCUUUGCAAAUGGGGUUUCGGAAUCACCUUCAUGUCGUGAAUGAACUCGUGGGUAUGUAUGGGAAGCUUGGGCGAAUGGAGGAUGCACGCCAACUGUUUGACGGAAUGUUUGUGAGAAGUAUUGUCUCUUGGAAUACUAUGGUUUCAGGUUAUGCCUUAAAUCGUGAUUCUCUUGGUGCUUCUAGGGUUUUUAAGCGGAUGGAGUUGGAAGGUUUGCAGCCGAACUCUGUGACGUGGACCUCACUCUUGUCGAGCCAUGCUAGAUGUGGGCUUUAUGAUGAAACUCUUGAGUUGUUUAAGGUGAUGAGGACAAGGGGAAUUGAAAUUGGUGCCGAAGCACUGGCUGUGGUGUUAUCUGUGUGUGCUGAUAUGGCUGAAGUUGACUGGGGCAAAGAAAUCCAUGGGUAUGUUGUUAAAGGUGGAUAUGAAGAUUAUUUGUUUGUGAAAAAUGCACUAAUAGGGACUUAUGGGAAGCACCAACAUAUGGGGGAUGCACAUAAAGUAUUUUUGGAAAUCAAGAACAAGAACCUAGUGAGUUGGAAUGCUUUGAUAUCGUCAUAUGCUGAAUCUGGAUUGUGUGACGAAGCCUAUGCAGCAUUUUUGCAUAUGGAGAAAUCAGAUUCAGAUGACCAUUCCCUGGUGAGGCCCAAUGUGAUAAGUUGGAGUGCAGUGAUUAGUGGUUUUGCGUAUAAGGGGCGUGGUGAGAAGUCACUAGAACUGUUUAGGCAAAUGCAGCUUGCCAAAGUAAUGGCCAAUUGUGUGACAAUUUCCAGCGUUUUAUCAGUUUGUGCUGAGUUAGCAGCAUUGAACCUUGGAAGGGAGCUCCAUGGUUAUGCCAUUAGGAAUAUGAUGAGUGACAAUAUUUUGGUGGGAAAUGGUCUGAUUAACAUGUAUAUGAAGUGUGGGGAUUUCAAGGAAGGACAUUUAGUGUUUGAUAACAUUGAGGGUAGAGAUUUAAUCUCAUGGAACUCUUUAAUUGGUGGUUAUGGAAUGCAUGGGCUUGGUGAGAAUGCUUUGAGAACUUUUAAUGAGAUGAUUAGAGCCAGAAUGAAGCCAGACAACAUCACUUUUGUUGCUAUUCUAUCUGCUUGCAGUCACGCUGGACUUGUUGCUGCUGGUCGUAACCUUUUUGAUCAGAUGGUCACAGAGUUUAGGAUUGAACCCAAUGUAGAGCACUACGCAUGCAUGGUUGAUCUCCUUGGUCGUGCUGGACUUUUGAAAGAAGCAACUGAUAUUGUUCGAAACAUGCCAAUUGAACCUAAUGAGUAUGUUUGGGGAGCUCUUCUGAACUCAUGCAGAAUGUACAAAGAUAUGGACAUUGUAGAAGAAACAGCUUCACAAAUUCUAACCCUGAAGUCAAAAAUAACUGGGAGCUUCAUGCUGCUGUCAAAUAUUUAUGCUGCAAAUGGAAGAUGGGAUGACUCUGCAAGAGUGAGGGUGUCGGCAAGGACAAAAGGUCUAAAAAAAAUACCUGGCCAGAGUUGGAUUGAGGUGAGAAAGAAAGUUUACACAUUUUCAGCAGGGAAUUUAGUCCAUUUCGGUCUGGAAGAUAUUUAUGUGAUCCUUGAAGAAUUGAAUCUUCACAUGGCGAGUGAAAACUAUAAACUUGAUAGCCAAUAAGAGCUCUUGUUGCAAACUGAGCCGAGAAGCUAGAUAUUAUGUCAUUCCAUGACUUAUUCCGUCAAUUACUGGAAAAUGCCACACUGAAUCCGAGUUAUUGAGAAAAUUAAAUAAAGAAAAAUAUUCUUGGAUACCCCUGUGCUCUCUGCAUCAUAACACAGAGAUUGGAGAAAGAAAGAAUUUUUUUUGAUAUGAUUGUUAAUGUGAUGUAACAGAAAGAAAUGCAACAACUCAGCUUCCUUCCAAUUUGACUGGGGUUAAGAUUGCCGAAUUGAGAUUAA